ACAUCGAUGAGUGCUCCUUUGAGAGGGCCUGUGACCACACCUGUAUCAACUACCCAGGUAGCUUUGAGUGUCUGUGCAACAAGGGAUACAUCCUCUACGGUCUCACUCACUGUGGAGAUGUUGAUGAGUGCAGCAUUAACAAUGGGAGCUGUGAAUAUGGCUGCAUCAACACCCAGGGUAGCUAUGAGUGUGUGUGUCCCCCAGGACAGCAACUCCACUGGAACAAGAGAGACUGCACUGAGGCAGUGAAAUGUCUUCCCAACGGAAAGCCAGCACCACGAGCUCAUCUGACCUGCACCAAAACYGGAGGGGCAGAAGUCUGUUCCCUGUCAUGCCCCUCUAAUGCUCUUUUUCAUGCCGACACUGAGAACUACACGCUGAGCUGCGGAGUACCUGUUCAGCCUGAUUCCUGCAACAUCGACUGUGUUCGAGAGAAGAUGAAGCAGAAGCUGCAGAAUGCUAUGAGAACACUUAGGAAGUCCAUCAACAAACAGCAGUUCUACAUCCAGUUUUCUGGAACCGAGUAUGAAGUAGCUCAGAAACCAUCGCGAGUGCCUGAGGGAGCUGAGACCUGCAGCACAGGACAAACCUUCCAAGAUGGAAAAUGUGUGAGCUGUGGUGUGGGGACGUUUUACAGCGGCGAGCAGGAGCAGUGUGUUCAGUGUUCCCCUGGAACAUACCAGGACAUGGAGGGCCAGCUGUCCUGUGAGCCCUGUCCCAGCACUGAAGGACUGGGCAUUGCUGGUGCCAAGAAUGUGUCUCAGUGUGGAGGUCAAUGUCCAGCAGGCCAGUUUUCUACUGAUGGGUUUCGGCCAUGUAAACCCUGUCCUCUUGGCUCAUAUCAGACRGAACCAGGUCGGGUUCUGUGCUUCUCAUGCGGGGGAAGCCUCAUGACUAAGUAUGAGGGUUCGAUCUCCUUCCGGGACUGUGAGGCCAAAGCACUGCCCACCUCCAUCACCACCUACGAGACGUGCCAGACUUAUGAGCGACCGAUUGCCUUCACCUCUCGUUCUCGCAAGCUUUGGAUCCAGUUUAAGUCCAAUGAAGGAAACAGUGGAAAAGGCUUCCAAGUUCCAUAUGUCACGUAUGAUGAGGACUACCAGCAGCUGAUAGAGGAUAUUGUGCGAGAUGGCAGGCUUUACGCAUCAGAGAAUCACCAAGAGAUACUGAAGGACAAGAAGUUGAUAAAAGCACUGUUUGACGUUCUGGCCCACCCUCAGAACUACUUCAAGUACACAACAGCAGAGUCCAGAGAGAUGUUUCCUCGCUCUUUUAUCAAGCUGUUGCGUUCGAAAGUGACCAGGUUCCUACGACCCUACAAAUAGAAGAAAACAGAGCACUUUCUUGUUAAAGACCCUUACCAUCCUGCAUCAUUUCAAAUCCAGCAACCUACAUGUAACCCCAAGUUCCUGGAAAACAUUCCCCAAUACAGAGAUUCACACUUUUUUUUUUACCUAAAAAUGGUGUCCUAAUUCUUUCUUAUCACGCGAUGCCUUUCAGUGUCUUUGACCCUUUCAACUCGAGCUUCCCCUCCACUGACUGCAGCUUCAUACAUUUAAGGUUUGACAAAUAUGGGUUUGAAAGGCCAGUAUCCAUACAUUUUCAUUUAGUAGAAAAAAAAGUUAAUAUUUUUUAAUUUAUAUCUUUAUAGUUGAGUAAAAGACAAUUAAACUCUGAAUAUAUCAAUGUAAAAUGCAUAUAAAGUUUUAAAUGAUGCACUAGGAUUUAAAAACAUUGCUAAUAAUAUGAUUUAAAAAAUAGAUUUGUAAUAACUUCUGUACAGCUCUGUGUCCUGAUGUACGGAAGUUGAUAAUUUUGCUGAUUUUUCCGCAUGGCUUUCUUGUGAUAACGACAUUAUCACAAAAUUACGAUGAGCGUUUUCUCGGGAUGAGUUCAUUUCUCGAUGGUUUUCUCGAAAUAAUGAAUUGGUUUUCCGCUGUAUCGUUCAGUAACCAGCUGGUCACCGAUGAAGUUUAUUAUAUCAGCGGGAUCACUAGCAGAACAAAACAGAGCCGGGCCCAGGGGCAGGACAAAUGGCCGCGUCCUAAAUAACAUCAUUUUACAACAUACACAUGCAACAACAGGGCUUACAAGCUUCAGCACCUCAGACUGUCAUUUUGAAGUCCAUCAAACAGACGUGAAGUACAAUAAAUCAAGAAAACCAAACAUUCAGCUACUAAUGAUAAAACAACACAAAUUAAAAAGCAGCUCAGCACUGUGGACAGUGAUCAAAWCAUUUUGACACCUGCUUUAUCUAUUUCAACUCAGAGCCUAUCAGUAGCUAGUAAAACUGGCACAGCGUCCCACAGGUUCACAAACACAGUUUCAAAAAGAAGUACUUUAGGCCUACUCACUACUAAUGAAGGGCAUACAUCAAGCUUUGCGCUCUGCAGACUCAUGAUAGGUAUUUUCUUUAAUCUCAUGUUUUUUAUGGACAACGUGGCGAGUCCACUCAGUGUCUCCUGUCCCAAUGUGUUCCUCAAGUGCAGUAUGUCAAGUUGUACAGUCUAUAAUUUUUCCCCUAUUUUGCAGGUAUGCUGUUGUUACUAGACCAAUCUCAUUGAUUUUUUUCCAAGUUUUACGGAUUUAAAAAAAAACUUUAAUCAACAUGUCAUAGCCUGAAGGACUAAAAUGAUAAAUAACAUCAAAUAACCAACUUCCAACCUGCUUUGCCACUUGAAAUAAGUUCUCUCUACCCAUAUAUUUAUUAAAAUAGCAAAAAUCUUGACCAAACUGGCCUGUCUUUGGGAAAUUAUUUUGAAAAUACCAACAUUGUGCUUGUUCUUCUUCCUGUUGGAGCUGUGUGAUUUUUGUACAUUGACUCCGGAGCAGCUCGGGCAAAAGAUGACUCUAAUUUUGGCAGAUUACCGUCCACUCGCUGCCCUGCACUGUCAUGACGAGCCAGUGUAAAUACUCUUAUUCAGUGGUGGGCACCAGCACGCUAAAGCACAAAUCCGCUAAAUAUUUUGUGUGCGCUUCAGCGCUCUCACUAAUUUUUAUAAUUCAUAAGCAGAUUUGUGCUUUCUAAAAUUAAAAUGCAGUACUGCU